UUUACAUUUAUGAGGUGCCUAGUGUGGCUUAUCAGCUCUUGAAACCAAAGUUCAUGUCUUGUCAGUGCCAAGUUGUAUCACAGAGAGACAAUGGAAACACUGGGUGGAAGAAACAGCAACAGCAAUACUCCUCCAGGGAGAAAUGGAAACCAUCAGAGUGAAUGAAAGCAGUAGUCUGGACGGACCUCUGUGGCUGCUAGAUUCCUGCCUCACCUAUGCAGCUUCCGAUCUGCUGCUGUUGAGCUGGAAUCCCUUCAGUUGUCGUAACUGUUAAGCAGAGGACUCUAGACGCUUGUAACGCCGCCAAAUCUAUGGAAGGACAGAGAAAAAACGGCUAGACUGUGGGUUCUUUGAACUGAUGACAGAUACGGCUAUGGAUCAGAGGCUUCAUUCUAACCCUCAGCUGCUACAGUAAAGCAAAGACCUAACAACAACAAACAGGAAAUGACAUGACAAAGAACAUUAAAACACUGCCAUCCACUCCCUGCAGCCUAGAAGCUUCAACUUUUUCUCUAUAUUCUGCUUUACAUCUGCAAAAGACAGAAGCUGCUUCACAAGUUUAUUAUUCAGUGAUCAAGAAUAGCACAGACACUUAAAUUUUCACAUCUCCUAUGGUUUCCAAAGCCUGGAGGUACAAGUAGGAAUCUAACAGCAGCUGGAUUAAAAAGUGAAUUAAGAAGUGAAGUGAUGCGCACCAGUCAGGAGAUGCAGGAGAUGCCCCUCUCCUUCCUCUGUUUCUCCUCGCAUUCUGGAUGGCACCGCUGAAGCCCUCGAGUGAUUCACAGGCAUGUCAGGGGCCAAUGCUAGUUUCGAGCCAUGCAAGGAUCACAGUGCCAAUCACCGACUGCAUCUGGUUGGGUACAGCCUAAUCUUUACAGCAGGUUUGCUACUCAAUAUUGCUGCACUUUGGAUUUUCCUGAAGUAUCUAAAACUCAAGUCAGUGGUGAGCAUCUACAUGUUCAAUUUGGCUGUGAGUGACUUUCUCUUCACAGUAUCUUUGCCCCUCCGUAUUUACUUCUACUCUGGAGGGGAGUGGCCCUUUGGAACCCUUCUUUGCCAGGUCUCUGGCUCUGUCUUCCAGAUAAACAUGUAUGGUAGCUGCCUCUUCCUAAUGUGCAUCAACCUGGACCGCUUUGUUGCUAUUGUCUAUCCACUACGCUGCCGUCACUUCCGACGCCCCAAGGUGGCCCGGCUGCUGUGCCUUGUCAUCUGGGUGCUUAUCUUGAUCGGCUCCAUUCCAGUUGCUGGUGUCCACAAAACGACUUCUUGUCACAAACAAAAUAAGAACAUCACUCUGUGCUUUGAAAGCUUCAGUAAUGACCUGUGGAAGAAGGGGCUUUUUCCUCUUGUCAUUCUAGCAGAAAUCCUUGGUUUUCUCCUGCCUCUGACCUCUGUGACAUACUGCUCAGUCCGAAUUUUUCAGAAGCUGUGCCAGUCUUCUGGGACGCAGACGCUGCGCCAAAAGAAGACAAUCCGUAUGCUUGUGGUCAACCUGGUCAUCUUUAUUAUCUGCUUUGUACCGUAUAACAUCAUACUGGCAGUGUAUGGAAUGAUGAAAGCCAAUGUGAUCAGGACUACCCCGUUCAUGCGGGAUUCCGUGCGCCAGGCCCUUGUGGUCACGGUGCUGUUGGCCAGUAUGAACUGCACUCUGGACCCCCUGAUCUACUACUUCAACACAGAGGGCUUCCGAAAUACUUUAAAGAAGCUGAGCAAGGGGCAAACGUGGGACUCUGAAAUGGGAACAAUCCAGACUCGGGUAACGGGAAACAAAUCUUACCAGGCGUCACGUGUGAAGCCAGGAGCCAAACAGUUACCAAAUCAGAACUGCAUCCUCCCUUGUGAAGGUUUGCCCUUUGCCCCCUCUAAGGUAUAUUUGAACAACUCCGUUCAAGACUCUGAAAUAUAAUAAUUGUUGAUCUAUUGGACUAGCAACGUUGUGAACUAAUAGACAUUAUUAAAAGUACAUGUGAGGAAUUCUGAAUAGUAAGCAGAGUAAAAAAGAGAUGAAACCGAGAUGUAUCAAGGAUUUUAGAACAAAGAAAAGUGAGAAUGAUUCCAUACUUUUGAAAAGCAUUUCAGACAUUUCAGAAAUUUUGACUUUUUCCCAUCUUUGGAAAUAAUAUGAUCAUAGGAAUGAUAUAGCAAUGCAUGUAUCAUUUCUAUGCCCUGGCAAACUCCCAGUCAUAUACCUUAACCCUCCCCCAAAGAAGGAAAGGUCCAUAUAGCUACAGAUGGUUAGAUAGACCUUUAACUGUAGCGUUGCUGAAAUGCAAAGUACUGAGCAAUGUUCAGACAAUUCCCUUUCCUCAGUACAGUCAUGCAAAAUAGAAGCAGUUCCCUGGCUGCUGUUGUCUAAUGUAUGGAGUGGAGUGGAUGUUGGCUUCCAUUUUUAACCAGAACUAUAAGUUCCAUUAACUGGGGCCUAUACAUUUAAAAUGAAAGAAUUCUUAGAGCAGAGUUCGAACUGAACUGAAAUCCAAUUCUUCCUUUCAAAAACUUCAUUUCUGGUUACCCCAAACUCUCUUCUUUUCAGUAGUGUAAUUUACAGUGAGGGUAAGACUUGUUAGAUACUUGUUAGUACAUCCCAUUCUAUCUUUUGCCCAUCCCUAAGGUGCUUCCAGGCAAGUCUUUGUAUCUUGUAGUCACCCUGCCUUAUUUAUGGAAUUUUACAGUCAUCUUCCCUUAGUGACCCUCUUGGGGUUAUCUACCACCUUCCUUCCUUCCUUCCUUCCUUCCUUCCUUCCUUCCUUCCUUCCUUCAACAAAAAUCUGUUAAGGAGAGGUGGCACAGUGACACUGCACUUUUGAGUGGGAGCCCUAGAAGGUGCUCCACAGCCUAAUGUCACAGGUUUGGGGUUUUCUCCUAUGUUUAUAUGCUCUGUUGUUGUCUUCUUAUGCUCCCCCUUUGAACUUUGCAACCUAUUUAGUUUAGAUACCUGAAACAAGGCCAGCCCCUGGGGGGCAUGUGACAAGUGCCGGAGGCCAUGUGAGCAUGCACGCACCCACACAUAUGUGCAUCCACACCCGUACCCACAGACUGACUCACACCAUCAGGGUCCAGAUCACUGGGAGAAGGAGGUCUUAUUCUCACCCUCUUAAUGUUAUUCUCUUCACAUGCCCUGUUUUCUAGCAUAAGCUGAUACUGCUGGGAAAUUGAUGUGCAGGGAGAGUCUUCGUUCCGGACAGAAUUGGGUUCCCUUAGGCCAGUGUGCAUUUGAUUCUGUGUGCCUGGUGUAGUGGAGGUGGCAGUGCACUGCAAGAUGCCCACCCCCAAACUUAAAAAAAAAAAAAAAAGAGCCGGCCAAAAAACAACCCUCUGCACUAGCAUAUAAGCUUCUGUAUAACCUGAAGUGCCUGACUCAAGCCUAAUCUUGGAGGCUAAGCAGGGCUGAAGUCUGGAUGGGUGACUUAAAUGUUGUGAACCACCCAGAGAGCUUUGGCCAUGGGCGGUAUAGAAAUGCAAUGUGAUUAUGAUGAUGAUUAGGAUGCUUCUAGACCAGGCUGCAGAAUUGCUGUGCUCCAGGCAUUUACAUUUAUGAGGGGUCGAUAGUCAUUCUCCUGAAACCUCCUUGUGUUUUCCCAGUCCUGUGUCCAUUGUUUUACUUAACAUAGAAAGCCGUUAAGGAGGUAAAAAGCAGAAUACUGUAAAAUCUCUGGAAAGGAAAAUGAAUGAUUGAAGCACUGCGGGAGAAACUGUCCAUGGGGAAGCUGGAUGACAAGUUGCAGAUGCUGUUUCUUUUUUGACUGCUGGCCUUGCAUUUACAACUGCAACAUUUUGUGUCCUAAAGACUUUAACCAAAUGUUUUGGCUUUU